CUGCUUCUUGUUCGCCUUCCACGCUUCUUCCACUCAUGAGUUAGCUAUACCUCCGCCCACCGCUCGCUCCACGGUUUUUUGUUAAUCGUCUCCAGUCGCCUUCGGCUCCACGGGCAGCAUGGACCGCAAGGACAAGUCCCGCAAGUCCUCCUCAGCAGCGGCGAUGGCCGCGCUCGCCGCAGCUGCAGCCGGGGACGGUUCCCGAGCCGACGGGAUGAUGUAUCCGUCAGGGGACGAGGACAAGAAGCUGAACCUUGUGAACGUGCCCGUGAUCACCGUCGGCGCCUCGAGCUCCUCUGCCUCGUCGGUGGCGGCGAGGAGGAACGGUGGUGCUGGUGGCGCCGUCGCGGCUGGGGCCGGCGGGCCGAGCUGCCAGGCCGAGAGGUGCGGCGCCGACCUCACCGACGCCAAGCGGUACCACCGCAGGCACAAGGUGUGCGAGGCGCACGCCAAGGCCGCCGUCGUGCUCGUCGCCGGCCUCCGCCAGCGCUUCUGCCAGCAAUGCAGUCGGUUCCACGAGCUUCUGGAGUUCGAUGACACCAAGCGCAGCUGCCGCCGGCGUCUGGCCGGCCACAACGAGCGAAGGAGGAAGAGCUCGGCGGAAGCCAACGGCGGCGACGGAUGCCGCCACGCCGACCAGGACGGCCGGAGCCACCCGGGGAACCCUCCGCUGAACCAUUUCCAGAUCAGAUAAACCUACCUAGCAUGCUCCCUCUCUUCUGUCAUGCAGCCAUGCUAUUACUAGCUACAUCUAUCUAUAUGUGUAUCCACCGACCUACCUAUCUACUACCCAGUGUACUAACUGGCAGUAUAUAUGACCUCCUGUACCGCUAUAUAUUUGCACAGGAGGAAUAUGUGCUAGCUACCAUCUGCCAAAAACCCUAAGCUAAUUGUAACCUGGGAUUCUAAUCAGGUGUUAGAGUGAUUGUGUGUGUGAUGUGUAAUUGUAUGGCCUGUGCAACCGAGACUUCUACAGGCUGUUGCAAUAUUUGCUGCUGCGCUGGGAUAAUUGUGGCAAUAUAUGCUAUUUAUUAGAGUAA